AUGAACGACAAUAACGACAAUUCUACCACUCCAACAUCCUUGCGUGCUGCUGCUGCAACCGAUGCCACAGAUAAUGCAGCAAUUGGUGGUGGUGGUGUAGGCACAAGUAGUGGAGCGGCCGCCAAUAUGAUGAUCAACAGUUAUGGCAAAGAACAAAUGAAGAUGACUGCCGCCGCAGCCAGCAGUAAUGCCUUAAAGCAAUCGCUGAAAUUGGAAAACUUGGAAGAAUUUGAUAAGUUGCCAUACGAAAUACAUCGUUACUCUUCAUUUUCCACCAAUUAUGUGCCAGAAAAUAUACUUGUGGACUGUCCCAGUGAUCAGUCGUCGCGGUGGUCGGCCCACAACAAUAAUCCACCACAAUAUUUAACAUUGAAAUUACGCCGACCUGCCAUAGUGAAAAAGAUAAAAUUUGGUAAAUUUGAAAAGUCGCAUGUCUGCAAUAUCAAAAAGUUUCGAAUUUAUGGUGGUUUGGAUGAGGAACAUAUGGUUCUACUAUUGGAGGGAGGUUUACGCAACGAUCACAUACCCGAGACAUUCAAUUUACGAUGUGUUGCCAAGGAUGCUACAACAAGUCUGCCAAUUUUAUAUAUCAAAAUUGUACCACUAUUAUCGUGGGGACCCACCUUUAACUAUAGCAUUUGGUAUAUUGAAUUAUUGGGCCAAGAUGAUCCCAUGUACACCAGUGGUUGUUUAAAGGAUUACAAUAAGUUACGUGAAGUGGAAAUUAUUCGUUUGUGUUUGAAACAUUUUCGCCAACAAGGAUAUGAUACAGCAUUCAAGGCCUUACAGGAUCAAACCCAUGUCCAAUUGGAACAUCCAUUGAUAAGCGAAUUACAUCAAUGUUUGGUGGUAAAUGGCGAUUUUGAAAAGGCCGAAAAGUUCAUAAGCGAUUGCAUUGAAGAGGGCCUCAUGGAUGACUAUUUGAAUCGUCAGGAUUAUAAACAUGCGUGGCGUUUGCAGCAUGUUCAAGGAUCAGCACAACCAGGUAAUCGUGGUGGCCACCAACUGGUUAUGGAUGUCAAAAAACGUUUAAUCUAUUUGUUCGGCGGUUGGGAUGGCUUUCAAGAUCUAAGCGAUCUGUGGGUAUUCGAUAUUAAGGAUAAUUGUUGGACGCAAAUAUUUGAACAUUCCGAACAAUUCAAUGGACCCACACCACGUUCAUGUCAUAAAAUGGUCUUCGAUCCGGUCAGUGAGAACAUCUUUAUGUUGGGCCGUUAUUUGGACAACUCCAUUCGUACUACGGAAUAUAUAAAAAGUGAUUUCUAUUUGUAUGAUACGCGAGCUCGGACAUGGCUGCAAAUUUGUGAUGAUACAUGUCAGGUGGGUGGUCCCCAACUGAUGUAUGAUCAUCAGAUGUGUAUCGAUGUUGAGAAGAGAACGAUAUAUGUGUUCGGCGGUAAGGUUUUGACACCGCGCAGUGUUAAUGCCUCGACAACAAGUGAACCCGAAUAUUCGGGAUUGUUUUCCUAUCACAUUGCCACCAAUACAUGGACUCAGAUAUUGGUGGACUGUCAUCAUCCAACGGCAUCACAGCCAGAUGUUUUGUCCAUUAAAUCGCGUAUCACCCAUUGUAUGGUGUUUCAUAAUAAAAAGCGUAAAUUGUACAUUUAUGGUGGCCAACGUGGCAAAGAGGAUAUCCAUGAUUUUAUAACCUAUAAAGUUGAUACCCAAACAUUGGAGAUUUUAAAUAGUAAUCCCACAAAUUCUUCCGAUGGUAAAAAUGAACCCUCACCUGGUUAUACCCUAAGGGCCACAAUUGAUUGUGAGCGUAAUGAGAUUUAUGUGUUUUCGAGUCUUAGCAAAAUCAAAGAUCGCCGUGAUAUUCAUCAUGUUGAUGCAUCAAAUUCAUUUUGGGUCUAUUCAUUGGACACCCAUCAAUGGUCCCGCAUCUACACCAGUCGUUAUAAUGCCUCAUCAUCGCCUGAUAGUACAAAUUUUGAUAAUAGCCGAAAUAAUGUUAUGGAACCAUGCCCACGUUAUGCCCAUCAAUUUGUCUACGAUGAUAUGGCUAAAUUGCAUUAUAUGUUUGGCGGUAAUCCGGGACGUUCGACAACGCCUCAGCUAAGACUUGAUGAUUUUUGGAUAUUGGAAUUGGAAAAACCCAAACGUGAUGAAAUUCUCAAACAUUGCCGUUAUUUGGUGCGUAAACUACACUAUGAAGAAAUGGCCAAGGCUGAUCCAUACAAAGCUAUGCAUUAUUUGCGUAGCGAAAUUGCUGAAGUUAUAGAUCACAGUAAUCCGGAACAAUUGAGAAAUUUCCAUAGAUUGGCUUCAUUACUUUUCAAAUGUGACGAUGACAUCGAAACCGAGGAACGACGUUUAAAUACACUGCCUUUGGGAGGAGCUGCUGGCACAUCAACGACUGAGGAUAAAUCCUUAACCGAAGCCGAAUGUAGUUCAGAUAUGGCUUCCACCACAGAUGAUGAAGUUUGUGCUAAAUCCGAUGACAAUACUCAUGCGCCCGAUGAUCUUUCCAUGGAAUCUUGUUCAAGUUCGACCACCUCAGGUAUAUCGGAUGCCGCUUCCUCUUAUACAGCAUAUCGCAAAUCGGGCGGUAAACGUUCACGUCACAGUUACAUACAGGAAUUGCGAGCACGUCGUUCGUUCCUUUUCAAUAAACUUGUUCAAUUGAUGCCUUCAAAUAUGGUACAACCAGAACGUAAUCUAAGUGAUUUUGUAAUAAUUUAG